CAAGGGACCGAGGGAGCCACGAGCGGGCUGAGGGGAUUCGGAGUUCAUUUUAAAGACAGGAAAAUUAAAUCUAAGUUCCUGCCUUCUGGUGCCUCGGUUUCUCUAGCUGCGAAAUGAGUUAACGCUGAUGCCCCAAGGCUACCAGUUUGAUGAAAGAUGAAGUGUGGACAGGUGGUUUGUAAAAUACAGAACGUUGUAGAGCGUGUAGGAAGGCACCGUGCUUGUGGGUAUGCUUUGAAAACAGGUAAAUAUUUCCAUAACCUUAUGGAGAGAAAGGACUUUGAGACAUGGCUUGAUAACAUUUCUGUUACAUUUCUUUCUCUGACGGACUUGCAGAAAAAUGAAACUCUGGACCAUCUGAUUAGUCUGAGUGGGGCAGUCCAGCUCAGGCACCUCUCCAAUAACCUGGAGACCCUCCUCAAGCGGGACUUCCUCAAACUCCUUCCCAUGGAGCUCAGUUUUUAUUUGUUAAAAUGGCUCGAUCCUCAGACUUUACUCACAUGCUGCCUGGUCUCUAAGCAGUGGAAUAAGGUGAUAAGUGCCUGCACAGAGGUGUGGCAGACUGCCUGUAAGAAUUUGGGCUGGCAGAUAGAUGAUUCUGUUCAGGACGCAUUGCACUGGAAGAAGGUUUACUUGAAGGCUAUCUUGAGGAUGAAGCAGCUGGAGGACCAUGAAGCCUUUGAGACCUCAUCAUUAAUUGGACACAGUGCCAGAGUAUAUGCACUUUAUUACAGAGAUGGACUUCUCUGCACAGGGUCAGAUGACUUGUCUGCAAAGCUGUGGGAUGUAAGCACAGGACAGUGUGUUUACGGCAUCCAGACCCACACUUGUGCAGCUGUGAAGUUCGAUGAACAGAAGCUUGUGACAGGCUCCUUUGACAACACCGUGGCCUGCUGGGAAUGGAGUUCUGGAGCCAGGACACAGCAUUUCCGGGGACACACGGGGGCGGUGUUCAGUGUGGACUACAGUGAUGAACUGGAUAUUCUGGUGAGUGGCUCUGCGGACUUCGCUGUGAAAGUAUGGGCCUUAUCUGCUGGGACAUGCUUGAACACACUCACUGGACAUACUGAAUGGGUCACAAAGGUGGUUUUGCAGAAGUGUAAAGUCAAGUCUGUCUUGCACAGCCCUGGAGACUACAUCCUCUUAAGUGCAGACAAAUAUGAGAUUAAGAUUUGGCCAAUUGGGAGAGAAAUCAACUGUAAGUGCUUAAAGACCUUGUCCGUCUCUGAGGAUAGAAGUAUCUGUCUGCAGCCAAGACUUCAUUUUGAUGGAAAAUACAUUGUCUGCAGUUCAGCGCUUGGUCUAUACCAGUGGGACUUUGCCAGUUAUGAUAUUCUCAGGGUCAUCAAGACACCUGAGGUAGCAAACUUAGCCUUGCUUGGCUUUGGAGAUGUCUUUGCCCUGCUGUUUGACAACCACUACCUGUACAUCAUGGAUUUGAGGACAGAGAGCCUAAUUAGCCGCUGGCCUCUGCCGGAGUACAGAAAAUCAAAGAGAGGCUCCAGCUUCCUGGCAGGCGAAGCAUCCUGGCUGAAUGGACUGGAUGGGCACAAUGACACGGGCUUAGUUUUUGCCACCAGCAUGCCUGACCACAGUAUUCACCUGGUCUUGUGGAAGGAGCACGGCUGACACCUAGAGCUACCACCUCUGCCUGACUUUGGGUGCCAGGGCUGCGGGUUUUGAGUGCAACGUCUGUGGCAGCCUACUGCAUGAACCAAAGUUCUCACCUAAAGGUAUCAUCGCGCAGUGCACAAUCACUUAUCUCUGUUCGCCAGGGCUGGGGCGGGAGGGCUUGUCUUACUGACACACGCAGCAUGCUAAUGAGGUACACAGUGACUUACUUCAUUUGUACUUAGUUACAUUGGUCAGUAUAAGAGGUUGCAUUUUUGGGUUUAUCUUUCUGAGUGGAAUAUGGAGUAAAGACAGUUAAAUGAUUCAUUAACCUGCUAAAUGAUUGCCUAUGAAAUCACAUGGAGUCUGUUAUUAAAGCUUUCUCCCAUA